UUCCAUAUUUGUCUUACAUUACAUCACGGAUAGUGUGAAUUAUUUAUCCCUUUGCAUGUCGACAGCAAAGAGUGGUGACGGAAUCUUUAUUCAGCGUCUAUAUAGUAUGCACCGAGCAAGUGAUGACAAAUAGAGCAAUGUUUCAAACAACUAAUUGGAUCUCACAGACCAUGGCGUUGACUUCACAAUAUCAUCCACUCUUUCUGCUACUGCUACUGCUCUCUCUAUCCAUGCUUCUCUUCCUCCGCCGUCGCAAAACCCGUCUUCCGCCGGGGCCAAGGGGGUGGCCCAUCUUCGGCAACAUGUUCCAGCUGGGGGAGAUGCCCCACCGCACCAUGGCUGCCCUGAGGGAGAACCACGGCCCGGUGGUCUGGCUCCAAAUGGGCGCCAUAAAGACCAUGGCCAUUCUCUCGGCGGAGGCCGCCGCCGUGUUCUUCAAGCGCCACGACCACGCCUUCGCCGACCGCACCAUAACCGAAAUCAUGCGCGUCCACAACUACCACAACUCCUCCCUCGCCCUCGCCCCCUACGGCCCGUACUGGCGCCUCAUGCGCCGCCUCGUCAACGCCGACAUGCUCGUCGCCAAGCGCAUCAACGACACCGCCGGCGUGCGUCGCAAGUGCGUCGGCGACAUGAUCACGUGGGUGGCGGCGGAAGCGCGGAAGUCGGAACCCGGUCGCGGGGUCCACGUGGCGCGAUUCGUGUUCCUGAUGACGUUCAACCUCUUCGGGAACCUGAUGCUGUCGCGUGACCUUUUCGACCCCGAGUCGGAGGAGGGUUCGGAGUUUUUCACGGCCAUGAUGGGGUUGAUGGAGUGGACGGGGCACGCUAACGUCACCGACCUGUUCCCGUGGCUUGGGUGGCUGGACCCCCAGGGGUUGAGGGGGAAGAUGGACAGGGACAUGGGAAAGGCCAUUGCAAUCGCUUCGAGGUUCGUGAAACAGCGUUUGGAACAGCACCGUGGUGGCAACGAGUCAAGGGACUUCUUGGAUGUCCUUCUUGACUUUCAAACCAACAACACUGAGCAAGCACUCAACGUCUCAGAUAAAGAUCUCAACAUUUUCAUAUUGGAAAUAUUCCUGGCUGGAUCCGAAACCACGAGCAGCAGCAUUGAGUGGGCUUUGACGGAGCUUCUAUGCAACCGGGAGUGUCUAAGAAAGGUGAAAAGCGAGCUUAAUAGGGUGGUUGGGCGCGAGCGAGAAGUUGAGGAAAGCGACAUAGAGAAGCUUCCGUACCUACAAGGCGUGGUUAAGGAAACACUUCGGUUACAUCCUCCGAUUCCGUUGCUUGUUCCUCGGAAAGCCACGGAGGACACAGAGUUCAUGGGAUACUACAUACCCAAAGACACGCAGGUUUUGGUGAACGCGUGGGCCAUUGGGAGAGACCCCAGCGCCUGGGAUGAGCCACUUGCCUUCAACCCCCAACGCUUUUCUGAUUGCAAGAACAACGUUGACUACAAGGGCCAUCACUUUGAGUUCAUUCCCUUCGGAGCUGGACGCAGGAUGUGUGCGGGUGUACCCUUGGCGCAUAGAGUGCUCCACCUCGUCUUGGGUUCCUUGCUUCACCGUUUCGAUUGGGAACUUGACUGCAACGUCACGCCCUCCACCAUGGACAUGACAGACAAGCUCGGCAUAACCAUGCGAAAGUCUCAACCCUUGCUUGCGGUCCCAAAAUUCAUUCCCACUAAAUAAUCCAUUUGUUUUCGCUUAUUUUAACUUGCCUCCAAGACAAACGGCCGGGGCAAUAUGCAUCUAUAUUUUAUUAUGAAAGAUGAUUCAUGUCAUUCAAAAAAUUAUACCUACUGUUAUCAUCUUCUAUAAACUUAUCCGACCCUUAAUUAUAAUUAUGUUGUUUUUA